AUGUCUGUUGCCCUCAACUUGGUGACCUCUGGACAAAAUGAUGAAAGUGGCCGAGUUGCACCUAAGACAUGGAUCGAGUGCGGAUUUUGCACUUUGAUCUUCCUUGGACGGACGGGUGUUCGCAUUAGUGUCCUCAGAAUCAAGCAGCUGCAUUGGAACGACAUUUUGAUGUCUUUUGCUUGGGCUGUUUCUGAUGAAACGAAUCACGCAGAGUCCCAGGGUGUCCAAGGUCAACAAGCUAUUGAUGGGUGUCGCUGGUACCAUUAUCAUCUUGGUCUUCUCUUUCCGUCAGCCGGAGUUUUUAUCAUCAUCGCCGCAAUCUUGCGAGUGAUCUUUGUCUUCAUCAACCCCAAUCCCGUCACACUAGCUAUUGGGCUUGCGGCAAGACUCUCGUCGCCAUUCGACGUCGAGUCUUCCAGCGCAGAGCGCAUUUACCGACCUGAUCACAGUAGUAUUCAUGUGCUGAGGGUCUAUUCGGUUGAUAGGAAUGGGGUCAAUAAUCCCAGUAACGACGCCGCAAAACAGGGCUGGCUUUCGAUUACAAUAGUGUGA